CUUCAGCAAAACGAGGCACGUUCGUUUCGGUUUGCUUUCACGGUGGAGGCUGAAUGACAAAGCGCAGCUGAAGUUGAGUUAAAAGUGUAGGGAUUCUGUGAAGAAUAAACUUUAAACCGUGGACAGCCGAAGAUACAGGGAUUAAGAAAAUGUCUGAGCCUGUCAUCAAAACGAAACAAGCUCAGAGAGAAGUCAAUGGAAUUCCAACAGAAGUCAUCUGUACAGAGUUCAGUAAUUACAUAUUUGUAGUUCUCACUCAGUAUGGCAAAAUUGGGACAUUGAUCUCUGUCACACCCGACUCCAGAUCUAAUGAUAUCAGCACCCCAACAUUCUCCACUAAAGUACUGCUGGGCAGAGAUGAGCCUCUGACACAUGUCUGUGCCAAAAACCUGGCAAUGUUCGUGUCACAGGAAUCUGGCAACCGGCCUGUCUUACUGGGACUGGCACUGAAAGAUUCCACCAUAGAUGCAAUAAAACAAAUUAAAGAGAUCAUCAAAAGCUGUCAAGUCUGGUAGGAAGUAAUUAAAAGGGACACGAAGCCUGUAGGCGGGGUAAAAUAUCGUUCGUCUGGAUGCUCUCAGUGUCACGUUUUAUCUUUGCAUCUUUUUUCCAAAUCAAACUCCUCCAAAAAUUAAUCUGGUUUAAAAAAAAAUGUAUAGCUCCAAGACAGAAAUUUAUUAAUCCAAAUUAAUCUCCUCUAAUCUUUUUUUUUUUAUUUCAUCAGCACAGGCUGUCUUCCACAAAACAUAAUUUAUGAGACAUAUAAUUUACUGUUUGUAAAGAAAGAUUUCUGCACGCCACAUUGCUCUCAGAAGCUGAAUGCGUGCUGACUAAGUGAUGGUUUGCAAAAUGAUGGCCAGUGAUGUCACCACUGUGUAUUUUGGAAAUCUUUUAUUCUGUGCUUUAUUAUUUUUGUUUACAAUACAAGUAUUCAAGCUUGUUUCAUGAGAAGCAUCUAGCAGAACAAUAUAUUUCUUAAAGAGCACCUCGAACCAGGCCCUUCUGAAAUGUGUUUUCUUUAACAAACGCAGCUGAAUUAUUUCAGGCCGACUGAAGCGAGAUAUUGCUUUACAUGUUAUCAUCCUCACAACUUUGUACUUUUGUAAAAGAAAAGCAUUUGUAGAGCACAUGAUUCAUUUGGAUUUUUUUAACUGAACUGAAAGAUGUAUAUGAGCUUGGUUAUGAUAAAAGCCAUGGGGUUGUCAUGUACAGUUUGUUACUUAUUUGUUUCUAUAACAUCUUGCUACAGGAGCUGUUAUAUUUAUUAAGUCUAAUAAAUAUGGUUAUUAUUUUUGAUUGGUCAGUUAUUUGGUUUAAAUGUCAGAGAGCAGUGAGAAAAGUCACAUGAGUUCUGCCUUCAGAUUUCUAUGGACCAAACCCCUGAAAUAUUAUUUUAAUACCAGAGAAAAACAACCGGCAAAUUUGGGAAUUGGGGCUUUUUCUUAAAAGAUUUUUUUGAUUUUAAUUGAUUUUAUGACAGUAACAUAUAAAUACUGCAUCUUUUUACAUUGGUAAUGCUUCUACAUUUAAGUCCAUACAUUUUUGGACGCUGACACAUUUUCUAUCAUUUUGCCACCACAGAGGAUUUUAAAUCAAGCAGUCAAGUUGUGACUGAAGUGCAGACUUGCAGCUUUAAUUCAAGUGGUUUUAUGAAAAGAAAAGGAAAAAAAAAAUUGCAUGAACUGUUUCAGUUAUGGACAUUUUUCUACAGUCUCUUGUUUUCAGAGGCUCAAAAUUAGAGGAUUUUUCCAAAGAUUGUUUUAAAGUUUACAUGAAGAUGACUGCCUGCUGCUUUGAACUCAUGGACGUCGCCAAAUGUGUUUCCUCCCUUGAGAUGCUUCAUCAGGCCUUUACUGUAGCCACCUUCAGCUGCUGCCUGCUUGUGGGACUCUUUAUUCAGUUUUGUCUUCACUGAUGAAAAGAAAGCUCUGUUGGGUUGAAAUCAGGUGACUGGCCAUUGAAGAAUAUCCCAUUUCUUUGCUUUGAGAUACUCUUGGGUUGCUUUUUUCAGUAUGCUUUGGGUGUUUAUCUAUUUGCACUAUCUGAUCAGUUUUGCAGCAUUUGGCUGAUUCUGAGCAGAGUACACCGAGCAGCCCACUACAUAGAAUAAUAAACGGGCUUUAACUGGCAUGAAAACUGCGUGUUAGUUAUUGUCCAGUUACUCUGAGCUUCUGAAAAUGGGGGACUAUGUAUAACAUUGGCUACAGUUCUGCAGUUAAUGUAAUACUUUUGUUAAUACCUCUUAAAUUAAAACCAAAAGUCUGCACUUCAAUCAUAUCUUGACUGUUAAAAAUCAACUGUGGUGUACAGAGGCAAAAAUACAUGUUCUGUCACAGUUAAAACAGCUAAAAUUUAAACAUUCCAGAUUUAAGAGCAUCGAUUUAACAACAUUUGCAUGUUUCUUAUAACCAAAAAAACUUGGCAGCUUAAUCCAAAUCCUGUCCUAAGACCUGAACCCAAACUUAAAUGGACUUAAAUGGUUAAUGAUUAAAUGUGUAAUAAAGUGCA